GAGCGCGCGGCGUCGCUCUCUGCCCCUCCCCCUCCCCCCAGCGGAGGGCCGGGGGUGGCAGAGUCCGGCCGGGGAUGGGGAGCUGCCUCUCCUCGCAGGCGGCCGAUGACCUCUCGCUGCUCAACGACUCGGGGGACGGGGCCAGCCUGGGCCCCGGGGACCCGCCGCCCCCCCCGGCUCCGCCCCCCUACCAGGAACAUGAGCCAAUCCCAGUUUAUCACCCCACGCCGAGCCAGACCCGACUUGCCACGCAGCUAACGGAAGAGGAACAGAUCCGAAUCGCCCAGCGGAUCGGACUGAUACAGCACCUGCCCAAAGGGAUCUUCGAUCCAGGCACGGAACCAUCGGAAAAAAAAGUGAAAGAGUGUGUGAUCUGCAUGCUGGAUUUUGUGUACGGAGACCCCAUCCGGUUCCUGCCCUGUCUGCAUAUCUACCACAUGGAUUGCAUCGACGACUGGCUGAUGCGCUCCUUCACCUGUCCCUCCUGCAUGGAACCGGUCGACGCUGCUCUGCUGGCCUCCUAUGAGACUAAUUGAGGCCAAGUGUUGUCAUCGUGGCCCACGCUAAUGCUUCAAGGCUGGUGGUGCCUGGGGAGGUCGGACAAGUGUGGAGGGCUGGGGGCUUCUUGUUUUGCACACUCACGGCAUGCACCAAAGACUCCAACGGCAAGGAACUCCAACCCUGCUGCCUUGCAGAUCAUCCAGAGCCGUUAGAACAUGGCUCUGACUGAAUGUCAGUUAAAAGCUCCCUCUUACAAGCUCUGUAUUAGUGUGUCAGGCUGAGGUAUUGAAAGUUCCCUUCCUGGGCCCUCCCAGAAAGCAGCACCUGCUCAUGCCAUGCAGCCUUUCCAAGUAGCUCCUUAGCGAGCAUGGCCCGGCUCGGAUGGGGAUGGGGAGAGGUGCUGUUCAGCUGCAGCCCCUGUGUGAGUGUGACGAUAUUAGCAUAACGCAGAAGUGAAAGAGCAAGAGAGAAAUGGAUGAGGUUAAAUAAAAACAAGUGCUGAUCCCCUCGGUAACAAAUAGAAUGUGCAAGAGGGUAGAGGUGCUGGCUGCUCAAGAUUGAGCUUGGUUAGGGAUUUUUUUCUGUUCCUCUCUGCUUUAAAUAGUCACAACUCAGCUCCUUUAGCACCUGUCUUUCCCUUCCCCUGGGUGGGGGCAGCUGUGCUUAACCCCUUGACUGCCUGAAACCAAACUGCCCACCCCCCAAUGGGCUGGAAUGAUGAAAAUAAGCCCCGGAGUGGCUCCCCACCCCCCAUUACUCAAACAGGAGUGCCAGAGAAGCAACCUUCUCCCUUUAGUGGGUGACUUUAAGUAGCAACAUGACAGCAGGACUCUGUGAUUCUAGCAUGCCGAAGGGCACCUGUGAAGGCGCUGACCUCCUUAGUGUAAAUCUUGGGUUUGAGGAAGGGAAACCAAACCCUGCUCAUUUUCUCUCUCCUGCUUUAGAGAUUAUUCUCACCAAUCAGAUUAUGUUCUAAUAUUCCACCUGGCACAUCUGCCUGAACAAAGCUAUUUCCUGGAGGAAUCUCUCUCACCCCCAAAAGGUUUUAUAGUCCCCAAAAUAAAUUAUUUCCAUUAAGCCAAAUCUGCUUGGCACAAUGUGAUUUUUAUCGGGUCACAACUGAAUGGCUUUAAAUAACCAAAUGCAGAUUUCUUCCCUAAUGUUAUUUUAAGUGCUUGUCAGGUGAAGGGCAGUUGCUUUUGAUGAACUUUCUCCUUUUUUGAAGGCAGGGCAGCAAUUAAUUUGUUCCCUUUGAGAUUGCAACUUUAAUACCAGUCAUUAAACUCUACAAUAUGCAGAUCUGCUGCCUUAGCUGGCUCACAAGGUAACAAAGACUAAUCAAAACUACAAGAGUAGAAAAUUGAAAACAGAGGCCAUGUUUGCUCCAUGAAAUAGGAAGUUUUCUUUCGCAUGAUGGGAGCACCAGGAGCUUCCCUUGUUGCCUUGAGACUUAAACCCAUCCUAGCAAAGCCAGCUUGUUUGCCUUCCACGCACUCGGCCAGCAGAUGCCACUCAUCGUGCAGGAAUUGACCCGGCCCACUGAGCUUAGCACAAUUUUUUAGUGAGCUGCCAGUUGGACAGGCUGGCCUGUGCUCUGUUAGCAGUUCCCAGGUCAGAGGCAUGAAAGGGCUUUUCCAGUUAUGUAUUGUCCUUAACAAGGAUUUAGCACUUGAAUGUUAAGACUGAUGUACAUUGCCUGGGAAGUGAACAAUAAAAUAGAUUGCCCAUGA